AUGAUUGUCUCUUUACUUGGUCUCGCUGCUAUUGGGUAUGCCGCCUCACUGCCCACGGCCUUUAAAGAUGCGUCUUUGGGUUGUCGUGGCAAGAAGACAGCACCGGAGCAGUUGCAUUUCAACUACGCUGGGGACCGUGGCAUGAUGAUCAGCUGGAAUACAGAAGAGAAGCUGGAAUCCCCCUCGGUUCUCUACGGACGCGGUCGAUCGCUUGAUCAAAUCGCUGUCUCGGAGGUCUCUGUCACAUAUCCGACCUCGACGACAUACAGCAACCACGUCCUCAUUAAGGGCUUGGAGCCAGACACUGAGUACAACUUUGCUGUGCAAUGUGCCGACGAACAUGAUCAUCACCAAUUCAAGACUAGUUUGCCAGCUGGGAAUCCUCGCCCAUACUCCUUUGCCUUUUUUGGAGACCUGGGAACUAUGGGCCCCCUAGGUCUGACCUCCUACGGUCAGAAAGACGCACUCAGCCCCGGUGAAAUUACCACAAUGCAAUCUUUGAACCACUUCAAAGAUCAUGUGGAAUUCAUGUGGCACGAUGGUGAUCUUGCUUACGCUGAUGCUUGGCUGAAGGAAGAGAUCGAUGGAUUCUUGCCUAACACUACCGUUGAGGCAGGAGCUGCAGUAUAUGAAGCCAUUUUGAAUGCUUUCUAUAAUGAGAUGUCUGGGAAUGUGACCAUGGAACUCCCAUACAUGGUGGGUCCAGGAAACCAUGAGGCAAAUUGUGACGACGGAGGAAGCGGUGACUAUACAGAGAGCAUCUGUGCACAGGGCCAAACUAACUUCACUGGCUUCCGGAACCACUUCCGUAUGCCUUCUGUACAGUCAGGGGGUCUCGAGAACUUUUGGUACUCAUGGGACUAUGGAAUGGUCCACUACAUUCAGUUCAACACAGAGACCGAUUUUCCGGAUGCCCCUGAUCUCCCCGGUGGAAGCGCAGACGAGAACGCUGGUCCUUUCGCACCCAAUGGUACACAGCUUGAAUGGUUGAAGAAAGACCUUGCCUCUGUCGACCGCAAAAAGACACCCUGGAUCAUUGUCGCCGGCCACCGUCCCUGGUAUGUCGAUGAGACCAAGUGUGACACAUGCCAAGCAGCUUUUGAACCACUCCUCAUCGAAUACGGGGUUGAUAUUGCGCUUUUUGGUCAUAAACACUUCUAUGAACGCAUGACACCUGUUGCCAAUGGUGUCUUAGAUCCAAACGGUCUCGACAAUCCGUCCGCUCCGUGGUAUCUGGUCAACGGUGCUGCUGGCCACUAUGAAGGAUUGUCCUCCUUGACUACACCGUUAGAGAACUAUACAGUCCAGGCUAUUGACACUGUCUAUGGAUGGAGUCGAUUCACUGUUCACAACUGCACCCAUAUCACGCAGGAUUUUAUUGCCAGCGCCAAUGGUACAGUUUUGGACUCGGCCACUCUAUACAAGGACCACGAUGGAUGCAAAUUCUGA